AUGGCUAGAAGACUCGGUCUCAACUUACUUCAACACCUGCACGGGCGCCUGCACGCUGAGACCGCCGUUAGUAGCAUGCAGGAACGACUCGCCAGCGAAGCCGCCGUGGAGGACGCUGUGGCCAGGAUUCGCGCAAAGCGUCCAGACUAUGCAGAGAUGCACGAGAGGUUGUAUGGCACCCAAGAAGGCAUAAUCAUGUGCGACCAGCCCGACUUCCAAGGCAACUGUGACUUGAUCCCACUUGAGCAGCGGAAAUGGAGGCCGAUACCAACACGAGAGAUGUUGACCCUGGGCGAGUAUGAGGCGCCUACGAUCUUGGACUGUGAAAGUGAAGGCUGCUCGGCACCUUUGUGCCCCAAGAGCGCACCUAUUUCACUUUCUCCUGACCGUGGAGUUGAGUGCUACUUGUUGUUCAACCGCACUGCCUCCGAAGCGAAAGAAUAUAACCCUCACUAUGGUCCCAUCUAUUUCCCAGGCAUCAGCAACCUAGCAGACAUGCCUGGUCUUGCGAGUUGGUACCAAUGCAAGGAAGGGGUUCCCCGCUGGAUGGACUAG